UAUGUGGCUCAAUUUUGAAAUUCUCUUUGCACCAUGAAGUUCUUGAUUGUCAUAGCGGCUAUUGCUGCGUUCGCUGUUGGUGACGUAAUCAGGGAAAUUCCUGAAUGGAGCACAUCAUGGAACUACAUGGAGAGGAUCGGUAUCCCCGAAGCUGAGAGAAUCCGGAAAGCAGAGGAGAAGUAUCUGUCGUCGAGAAUCGCCGGUGGAGCUCCCGCUACAAUAGGUGAAUUCCCAUACCAGGCUGGUUUGAUUGGGGACAUUAGAAAUGCAAACGGGCAAGGUGUGUGUGGUGGAUCCCUGAUUUCAGCCAAUCGCGUGGUAACUGCUGCUCACUGCUGGUUCGACGGAACUAACCAGGUUUGGAGAUUUGAGGUAGUCCUCGGUUCUGUGCUGCUCUUCAGCGGCGGUACCAGGAUCUAUUCCGAAGACGUCGUCAUGCACGCUAAUUGGUGGCCGUCUCUUAUACGUAACGAUAUCGCUUUGAUACGUCUACCUGAAAGCGUCACUUUCUCGGACACCAUUUCACCGAUCGCUUUACCUUCAUUCCUGGACGUCUUUGACAACUUUGCUGGAGUGACAGCUGUGGCUUCUGGAUACGGUCUUACUGGGGACAAUGUAGGCCUCUCCCGAGACCAAUUCUUGAGUGGAGUAUCAGUGCCAGUGAUCACUAACGAAGUUUGCCGCAACUCCUACCCCCUUAAUGUAGUCGAUUCCAACAUCUGCAUCAGUGGUGCUGGUGGAAAGAGCACAUGCCGUGGGGAUUCUGGUGGACCCCUCGUUGUCACUAAGAACGGCAAAAAGAUCUUGGUCGGUAUUACCUCUUUCGGUUCGCGAUGGGGUUGCACUAUUGGCUUCCCAGCUGCUUUCGUCAGAGUCACAUCUUUCUUGGACUUUAUUAAUAGUAACUUAGUCCUGGACAAUUCGGACAGCGGAUCUAAAAAAAAUAGGACAGGUAUUCGAGAUGUGUUGUUCGUGGCUUUGCUGAUCCUGCCUUUUGCAUGUGCGGAAAGUUUAGAUGAUUUGUCUCCGUACGGAUACAUUUCAAAAUACGCGAUCCCAUUUGCAGAGAAACUUCAAAAAGCUGAAGAUGCUGCCGUAAACAACCUCUCAGGAAGGAUUGUAGGAGGCGAAGCUGCAGAGCUUGGAGACUAUCCUUAUCAAGCUGGCAUGAUUUCUGAUAUUGUGAACAUGACGGGACGGGGUGUCUGCGGAGGUUCACUUCUUUCUGCUAACAAAGUACUAACUGCUGCCCACUGUUGGUACGAUGGUCGCAACCAAGCCUGGAGGUUCACAGUCGUCCUAGGUUCCGUAUACCUUUUCCAUGGAGGAGUCAGGAUCCAGACUUCAGACGUGGUAAUGCACCAAUUGUGGUUCCCAUUACUAGCCCGCAAUGACGUCGCUGUUGUUACUCUUCCGGAAAACAUUGCCUUUACAGAUUAUAUUAGCCCUGUGUCUCUACCAAAUUUACUGGAAACAUUUGAAAACUUCGCCGGUGAACAAGCUGUAGCUUCUGGAUACGGAUUAACUGUAUCGGGCGGAAAUCUUCAUCAAAACCAAUCUCUGAACCACGUCACUCUCCGCGUACUUUCCAAUGAUGUUUGCAGUUCCUUCUUCCCUAUACACGUGGUAGAUUCCACGAUUUGCACCAGCGGACUUGGAGGAACUAGUACCUGCCAGGGUGACUCUGGUGGUCCACUUGUAGUUCGGAGAGGCGGGAGGCGUGUUUUGAUUGGUGCCACGUCCUUUGGUAUCGCUCUGGGCUGUGAUAUUGGCUUCCCUGCUGCCUAUGCUAGAGUAACCUCCUUCCUCGGCUUCAUCAAUGCAAAUUUACUCGGCAGAAAAAUGCAACUGUUAAUUGUAUUGUUAACUUUGGUUUCUAUCGCCUUUGGUGGGUAUGUACCAACAUGGAAUACCGCAUAUGGAUAUUUGACAAGGUUCGGGAUCCCAGAAGCUGAGAGAAUUUUUAAAGCUGAACAAUCCAUAAAUGAGCUGGAACAAGUAAACAGAAUAUCUGGAGGGGUACCAGCCGCACUUGGACAAUAUCCUUAUCAAGCCGGCAUCAUAUCUGAGAUAAGAAACACCGAAAGCCGCGGCAUGUGUGGUGGCUCCUUGGUCUCGGCAACAAAAGUCCUUACAGCUGCACAUUGCUGGUAUGAUGGUCAAAACCAGGCCUGGAAACUGACUGUGGUCCUAGGAUCAGUGUAUCUGUUUAAGGGAGGUAUCCGUCUGGAGACAACCGAUGUUGAAACUCAUCCACAUUGGUCACCGUUACUGAUUCGUAAUGAUGUAGCUAUUGUCACACUGCCAGAAAAAGUAGUAUUUUCAGCUACUGUCGCUCCGGUCGCUCUGCCAAGUGAAGAACAGGGUCGUGAGACUUUUGUAGGAGCCUUCGCUGUGGCAUCGGGUUAUGGUAUCACUUCCAAUGAUGAAAAAGUGACAACAAACCAAAGUCUUAACCAUGUACGUCUACGAGUGAUAACAAAAGCUGUAUGCUCUAUGGCUUUCCCCUUCAUCAUCCAGGAUUCACAUCUGUGCACCAGCGGAAUUGGAGGCGUUAGCACUUGCGGCGGAGAUUCUGGUGGCCCUCUUGUGGUCGGUGACGGUGACUCACGAAUCUUGAUCGGAAUUACAUCAUUCGGAUCAUCUUUGGGCUGCCAAUUCGGUCUUCCUGCAGCCUAUACUAGAGUGUCAUCGUUUUUAGACUACAUAAAUGAAAAACUUUAAAUGGCGAUAGACUAUUAGCUUUUAUUUCUUAUGAUAAUUUAAUCUAGCAAAA